AGGAUCAAAUGUUCUGAUAUUUAAAUGUCUCGCCUUGUGAGCUAUUAUCUCAUUAAGGUUAUCACUGGUUAUCUAUUAGAUAUGGGAUAAGAUGCAUAAAAGACUGAUUACAAUCAACAAUACAUAUCAAAUUCUAUCGUGCCAUUGGCACAAGCUUUCAGAGCAUGAGAAAACAAAAGAAUAAUGUCCAAUCUCUCUUAGGGUAACGGAAACAAAUGACCAUUGUUUUAAAGUCCAAAUAAUUGAGACUCAGGAGAAAGUUCAUUAGCUUGAAAUGUUGAUCUGUGACAUCACUGAAUGCCCUCCUGGAUCCUGGAACAGGGAAUAAGGAACCUUCCAUGAAGAAGAUGCAUGAAUUUGGUUAUGAGCAUGAAGAAAUAUCAAGGCAAAAGAAUACAUGCAAUGAAGAAGAAACUGACAGUAAUCAAGAAUAAGUCAGGAGAUAUCUUCUGUUAAUGGGCCAUUGAGUGGUCACUUAAUGACUGAUAAGAUGACAUCAUCCCAUUGUGAGAUGCUCCACCCAGAGGGAGGAGCCAAGCAUUCCUACCUGGAUAUAAACUCAGAUUCAGAACACUACAGGUAGCAUUUUCUCCUGGAUUCCCAGAGGAAGACCAGAUCCUUCUACGCCACCAGUGGACCUUCAGAGGAAAACUUCCACAGUGGUACUUCUACAGGAUCACUACUUCAACAGAACCACAUCUGUCAGUCCAGGAGGACAGAAGCCACCAUUUAUUCAGACUGCUACCAACACCCUGACCAACAGGGUGUCAGGUUGUAUUCUGACUUUGUUUCAGCAAUAAAAUUUUUUUUGUGAGCUAAUUGUUUCUAAACCGCUGCCGAUAAAAUUCAGGGUUAUAGGACUUAAGAACUUAAAAUUAAUUGCUGCAAAUAAUCUUGGGAGAAGAGUUAAGAGGGAGAAGAGAGAGCUACAGGCCCACAGGGGAGUGAGGUGGGGUUCAGAUCUGGGGCUUGGGGCUGCUGCGUGCACGGCAGGACCAUGGCUCGCAAUGCGGAGAAGGCCAUGACAGCCUUGGCAAGAUUUCGGCGAGCCCAGCUUGAGGAAGGAAAAGUGAAGGAGCGAAGGCCUUUCCUCGCAUCAGAGUGUAAUGAGCUGCCCAAAGCUGAGAAAUGGAGGAGACAGAUCACUGGGGAGAUUUCUAAGAAAGUGGCACAGAUCCAAAAUGCUGGAUUGGGUGAAUUCAGAAUUCGGGACCUGAAUGAUGAAAUCAACAAACUUCUGAGGGAGAAAGGACACUGGGAAUACAGAAUAAAGGAGUUGGGAGGUCCUGAUUAUGCUAGGAUUGGCCCAAGAAUGUUAGAUCAUGAAGGGAAAGAAGUUCCAGGAAACAGAGGCUACAAAUACUUUGGGGCUGCAAAGGACUUGCCAGGAGUUAGAGAGCUUUUUGAAAAGGAACCCCUGCCACCCCCACGGAAGACUCGGGCUGAGCUGAUGAAGGACAUAGAUGCUGAGUACUAUGGCUACAGGGAUGAAGAUGAUGGGAUUCUGGAGCCCCUGGAGCAGGAGCAUGAGAAGAAAGUUAUAGCAGAAGCAGUGGAAAAAUGGAAGAUGGAGAGAGAAGCACGACUUGCAAGAGGUGAGGAGGAAGAGGAGGAGGAAGAAAACAUAUAUGCUGUCCAUGAGGAAGAGUCUGAUGAGGAAGGUGGCAAGGAGAGAGAAGGUGAAGCUGGCCAACAGAAAUUUGUUGCACAUGUUCCAGUGCCAACUAAACAGGAGAUUGAGAAAGCUCUUGUACGAAGAAAGAAGAUGGAGCUGCUCCAGAAGUAUGCCAGUGAAACCCUUCUGGCACAGAGCGAGGAGGCAAAGACACUUUUAGGAUUGUAACAUUAAUGUUGGGGGUCGGGUUUUUUCUGUUUUUCCUUGUUAGUGUGGAAUUUUUCCCCAUUGAGUUGCACUGAUGGCUGGGUACUUGAGACAGCGGGGAGGGGGAACUCCUUUGGAUUUUGGGAGUUUUCUCUUGGGUGGGUGGAGGGCAGGGAUACCGUGAGAAUGGGGGCCAGGUAGAAGAGACAGGUUUGUGGGUGGCCUCUCUCUCUCGCUGCAGGGCUUUGGAGGAGGACGGUCAGACCUGCAGCUUGGGGAAAGGAGUUGGCUGCCACCACCAUAACCCAGCGGGGCACCUUUCUUCUGCUGCUGGGCCCUGCAUCCUCCUACCCUGCCAGAACAUCCCGCAGGUUCCAGCUAUUGCCAGGGAGUUUUGAUACAUUCUCAUCCACUGCUCCAGGAUUUCUGCUCAUCCCUGCUGUUCCAGCCUCCUGCUUCUGAGAGUCCUGCUGGGGCACUGGGAUCGGCUGCCUCAGGGUUUGUGAAGCAAAGCCUCUCUCCUCUCCUCCAUCCCAGGGGAAUCACCGCGGCUGAAAGCUGGGACCUGUUCUGGGUUCUGUUUGUUACUAGUAAAUAAUUAUAAAGCUGUGUUAAUUGUUUCUGUUUACCUUGUUAUACACACUAAUAAAGAACUGUUUUUCCUACUCUGA